GAUUGAGGGGCCACGGGUGCGCCAUGCCGGUUGUCAAGAAGGAGCUCCCGCGCCGCGAGGACCUGGCCCUGGCUCUGGCCACCUUCCACCCUACCCUGGCUGCACUGCCACUGCCGCCGCUGCCCGGCUAUCUGGCGCCACUGCCCGCUGCUGCAGCCCUGCCCCGGUCCGCCUCUCUGCCCGCCUCGGCCGCAGGCUACGAGCCGCUGUUGGCUCCGCCGCUGCGCCCCUCGCGCGCCUACCUUAGCCUGCACGAGGCCGCUCCGCACCUCCACCUGCUCCGAGACCCGCUGAUCCUCGAGCGCUUCCCGGCGCCCGCGGCCGCGGCACCGGAUUUCCAGCCUCUGCUGGACAACGGCGAGCCGUGCAUCGAGGUGGAGUGCGGCGCCAACCGCGCAUUGCUCUACGUGCGCAAACUCUGCCAGGGCAGCAAGGGCCCGUCCAUCCGCCACCGCGGCGAAUGGCUCACGCCCAACGAAUUCCAGUUCGUCAGCGGCCGCGAGACCGCCAAGGACUGGAAGCGCAGCAUACGCCACAAAGGGAAAAGUCUGAAGACGCUUAUGUCUAAGGGGAUUCUGCAGGUGCACCCUCCGAUCUGCGACUGUCCGGGCUGUCGAAUAUCUUCCCCAGUGAACCGAGGACGGCUGGCAGACAAGAGGACAGUUGCCCUGCCCCCUGCCCGGAUCCUGAAGAAGGAGCAGACCCCCAGCUUCUCCACUAGUGAUGGUGACAGUGAUGGAAGUGGGCCAGCCUGCGGGUGGAGGCCAGACCUAAAGCAGGAGAAUGACCUGCAUGUCCGUAUCAUGAAGAGAAGGGUCCACACCCACUGGGAUGUGAACAUCUCCUUCCGAGAGACAUCCUGCAGCCAGGACAGCAAUAUCCCCACCCUCAUAUCCAGCGUCCAUCGCAGCCGCCACCUCGUGAUGCCGGAGCAUCAGAGCCGCUGUGAGUUCCAGAGAGGCAGCGUGGAGAUCGGCCUAGGACCUGCAGGGUGGGGGUCACUCUGCCUUCCCACAGGUGACCUGUUGGGCAAGAGGCUGGGCCGCUCUCCUCACAUCAGCAGCAACUGCUCUUCAGAGAAGAGGGUCCGAAGAGAGUCCCCCCAAGAGAGUCUGCUGCUGCCAGACCUGGGGCCCAGCAUGUCUCCAGAGGAACACUACCGUCGGCUCGUGUCAGCACUGAAUGAGGCUGGCACCUUUGAGGACACGCAGCGUCUCUACCACUUGGGCCUCCCCAGCCAUGAUCUCCUGAGGGUCCGGCAAGAGGUGGCAGCUGCAGCUUUGAGGAGCCCCAGUGGCCUGGAAGUUCACCUGCCUUCAUCCCCGGCAGGUCAGCGUCGGAAGCAGGGUCCGGCUCAACACAGAGAGGGCCCUGCCCCAGCUGCCUCUGCAUCCUUCUCAGACAGGGAGCUGCCACAGCCAUCCCCUCUGCUGUCACCCCAGAAUGCCCCCCACAUCGCUCUGGGCCCUCAUCUCAGGCCCCCCUUUUUGGGAGUACCCUCGGCCCUGUGCCAGACACCAGGCUACGGUUUUCUGCCCCCCGCCCAAGCGGAGAUGUUUGCCCGGCAGCAGGAGCUCCUACGGAAGCAGAGUCUAGCCCGGUUGGAGCUGUCUGCGGACCUGCUGCGCCAGAAAGAGCUGGAGUGUGCGCGUCCGCAGCAGCUGGGGCCCGAGUCCGCCCUGCGUCCCCCCGACGGCGUCGAGGAGCUGCAGCGGCGCGGGGCCAUGCUGGUGCUGAAACACAGUUCCACGCCGCUGUUGGCCCUGCCCCCCCAGGGUCCCCCGGGGUCCGGGCCUCCCACCCCACCCAGAGAGCCUGCCCGCCGAGCCCCCCGAAAAGGGGUCCCUUGCUCUGCCUCCACCCAGCCCAGCGAGUCCAAGGAGAUGACAGGAACUGUGCUCUGGGCACAAGAUGGCUCAGAGGAUGAGCCCCCCAAAGACUCAGACGGAGAAGACUCCGAGAUGGCUGCUGGGGGCAGAGAUCUCACCCCAGGCCAAGUGCCAGCUGGAGGAGCCAGCACAGAGGGGAAGGGGCAUCUCUCAGGAUCCACCCUGCCCCUGGGCUUCCCCUAUACCAUCAGCCCCUACUUCCACACAGGUGCUGUGGGGGAACUCUUUACGGAUGGGGAAGAAGCCACAGCCCCCGAGGAUGUCAGCAAGUGGACUGUGGAUGAUGUCUGCAGCUUUGUUGGGGGCCUGUCUGGCUGUGCAGAGUAUACUCGGGUCUUCAGAGAGCAAGGGAUAGACGGGGAGACCCUGCCAUUGCUGACUGAGGAGCACCUGCUCACCACAAUGGGGCUGAAGCUGGGGCCAGCCCUCAAGAUCCGGGCUCAGGUGGCCAGGCGCCUAGGCCGAGUCUUUUACAUGGCAAGCUUCCCAGUGGCAUUGCCACUGCAGCCACCAAUCCUACGAGCCCCAGAGCAGGAGCUCAGCACAGGAGAACAGCACCCAUCCCCAGCAACGGUACCCUCCCCCUAUGGGGGGGCUCACCCCCCGGCAGGCCGAGUCUCACCCAAGCAGGAAAAUGGGACCUUGGCUCUGCUCCCAGGACCCCCUGACCCUUCCCAGCCCCUGGGUUAAACUGCUGGUG